AUGCACCGAACAUCCAACACGGCCAACCGAAAAUUGGAUAUUGGUACAGGCAAAGGAGUGGUGGAACGUAAUUCAGUAAGCGAUGUUAAGGAAGGUUCGAGACCAGGAGAUCUAGGAGUUCAGAAAGCCUUGUUGAAUCGGUUUCCUGGCAAACCAAACAAUACUGUUGCAACUCCACCCCAGCUUUCAGUAUGUGGACCCGAAGCCUGCACUACAAACGAUAUGUGUAUGUUGACAGCGCGCAGGAGUAACCACAGAGGAAAUGUAGCUGUGGUAGUAGUGGCGGAAGGUCCCGUGCAGCAUAAGCUGGGACUGUGGGCUGUUUCUCAUCCGGUGGGAUCUACCAGACAGGAAGAGCCACGAAACGAACAAGGCGUGGGAAUUAAUUUUAAGAGGCAAAAAGAGCAUAAGACAAUCCUCAAUGGCAGAGAACUGAAGGUGUACAAACGUCUAAGGAUCCUUCUUAUGCAGCACAGACCAGAUGCGGGUAUGACGCAAGUGGCAAGGCAAGAGCAGAGAGUAGGGGGCAGCCCAAAGGGAGAAAUGAAUAAUUGA